AUGCAACGUCAAGAGGUGCGCCGCCGCGGAAGACCCCCCCUGCCCGCGCUCUGGAUGCGCCAUGUUACCGACCAGGAUAGGGGGGGUCAACAGUCGUUUGCGAACCACCUGUCGCCAUGGGCUGUUGAGUUAUCCUCUCUCCACCAGCCGUCCGAUGAUGGAGAGGCGUUCCGAGGCGAGGGAGUUGCGCCGACAAAGCACAUCUUUCGAUCGCGAUUGGGCGUUGGCGGUCGCUGGGCUCGAGUCAUUCCAAAUCGACUCGACCAAGCACGACGUUUGGCAAAAGUGCCCCCGAGACUGGGGUCCAAUGCUUCAUCGCUUUUCGUGUGGAUAUCGUUAUAG